AGCUCUAGUCGUCAGUAAAGCUCAGCACAGAGCACUACGGUUGCUAACUCCUAGACAAUACUGAAGACUUCGGUGAACAAAAGUAUAUUCAGUGAUUUCUCAAUAACACUAUCUUGGAGUCUCGCGUAAGACUUGCUCUCUGUCCGGGAAGAUCGUGGAACUCAGUCCAGUGCACUUUCCGCCUUAAAGCCACAUACUCGUGGGAAAGUACCAGUUUCGCGCGGCUGUGAACGACACCGAAAGUAUCUUUUCAACUCAAGUGAAGUGCUCAGAUCUGUUCAAAAAUUAAUAUGACAAAUAUACGUCCACUCUCACCAGCUCUUGCUGAGCAAGCCCGGAAAGAACUCAGCGAAAACCCAAAGACAUUAGCUAGUGAUCUAGAAGCUUUAAAACAAUGGCUUGCCAAACAACCCCACAUAAUUGCCAAAACAGAUGACCAGUUUUUAACGAAUUUUCUAAGGUUGUGUAAAUACAGUCUGGAACGAACAAAGGAACGUCUGGACAUGUAUUUCGCCCUGCGUACCGUAGCUCCUGAAUUUUUCACGGCGAGAGAUACAACUGGCCAAGAAUUUACAGAAAUGUACAAUUUAGGAUCGAUGAUUCCACUGCCAAAGACUCAACCCGACGGAUCCCGGAUUAUUCUAACAAGAUUCCAGUAUGAUCCCCACAAAAAACACUUGAGGGAUUUCAUGAGCAUUGCAAUUACACUUUCUGAUUACAUUUUGCAUAACGACGACCAGGCUAUCAUUUGUGGUGAAACCAUUCUAGUCGAUGUUUCAGGGUUAACUUUGCAUCAUAUAGCGCAAGCAACACCAACGCUGCUACAAAAAGUGGGUGAUACUGUAAAGGAGGCAUAUCCUAGCCGGCAUAAAGGAAUACACUUCAUCAAACCACCAACCGGUUUCGAGACUAUCUUUAAGAUGUUUCAGAGCUUCCUCAGUGAAAAACUUACAAAGCGAUUAUUUGUACAUGGCAGUUUAGAUUCCUUACACCAACAUGUUUCCAAAAGUGUCCUGCCUGCCGAAUAUGGCGGAGAGCUAGGGCCUCUUAAAUCUAUACUUGAUAAUUACUAUAAAGGAAUUGAGAGCAGUCGACAGUGGCUUCUUGACGACAUGAAGUACAGGACGGACGAGUCAAAGCGCAAAGGUCCACCAAAAUAUAAAGAAACACAAUAUGGUGUUGAUGGGUCGUUUAGAAAAUUAGAAGUUGAUUAAAAUUGUUGAAUUAAAUAAAUUUUUAUUGAGAGAUU